AUGAAUUCUAGAAACGCUAAGAAACGUGCAAAUGAUAAAAUAACAACAGAUAAUAUAAAUAAAAGAGGUCGCAAGAAACAAGAGAUGGUUGUUCCAUCUUUAGAAAACCUUAAUGAUCUUUUGAAUGAUGCUAAUUCUCAACAAAGUAAAAGCAAAGGUGCUAAAAGAGGUCGCAAAAAGAAACAAGAAAUGGUUGCUCCUCCAGCAUCACAAAUAAUAAGUGAACUCCUGUGUGAUGAUGCUGAUUUUAAUGCAAAUGAUGAUCUAAAUGAUGGUGACAAGCGAAAUGAAGAUGAAAACAAUUUUCAUGAAACUACACCUCAAAGUCCAAUAAUUACACUUUUAACAAGAACCAAUAGUCAAAAUCAAAAGGACGAUGCUCUUUCAAAUUCAAGGGCCAAUAAUUCAUUUGAUUAUAUUUCUUCAAAUGAAUCAACACCAGCCCUAGAAUCAAGGAAUGAAUUUGUUCCUUUAAUUAGAACUUCAAGAACGGUAUCACCAGUUCUAGAAUCAAGGAAUGAAUUUGUUCUUUCACAUAGAACGAGAUCAGCAGUAGAUUUAAGAAAUGAUAUUUCAAAUGAAUACAUUCAUUUGAAUAGAAAUUCAUCAUCAGUUUCAGAUUCAAGAGAAAAUAGAAUUAAUAUUAUAAAUAAUACCCGUAAUAUGAUGAAUACUUCACGCCAUCAUUUUGACACAACCACUAAAGUUGUUCCUUCACCAUUUGAUGAAAUGACUAUUUACCAGCUUUGUUCGUGGUUAUGUGCGAACCCUGAUAUUCUGCAGCUGGCAAAUAAUAUGCAUUCAUCAAUGCAAACGCCAGUUGUAAAAGGCUUACGAUUAAUGACUUCUACCACGCCUGGAUCCUUGACUAUGCCACAACAUCAAGAGAAUAAGAUGCAGUCUUGUCGUGAUUUUCUGGAGGAGCUAAAAUGUCUCUUCCUCCGCGUUCGGAAUCCUCAGAAACGUGUGCUUGAAGAAUUGAUACGGAAGGUCAUCAAAUGUGAACUCAAUUCUGCUGAAGGCAUUGAAUGGCUUCAUACAGCAAAUAGACACUUUGGUGACUUCCGUAACAAAUUAGUCAAUGACGAGUCUGUGGCUGAACACGUGCUAAGCUGGUGGAUAAAUGCCACCAAUUUGGAUGAAUUGCGAGCUAAAAAUUCUAUGUAUUACUUAUGUAAAUUUAUUCGGCACACGUUCGCUAUUAAUUAUUCAUUAAAAGACACUGAAGGAACGAAAGCUCUGGAUAAAAUAACGAAAGACAUUGCAGUGCCAUCACGAAAUGGUCAAAAUUUCGCUAGUAAUUUAAAAUUAUAAAUUUUUACUAUUUGUAUUAGUAUUUUUAUAAAUUGUAAUAAUUGAAUUAAUUGAAUUAAUGAAUAAUUUGCAAUAUUCGCAAAAAUUUAAACUUAAUUAAUUCAUUUUGUAAUGUGUAAUGUUAUACAAAUUAUUAAUUUUGUAUUAAUUAAAAUGAAUUUAUUAUUUUUUUUAUAAAAUAUUAAUUUAUAAAAUAUAAUUAUUUUCGAUUUAUUUGAUUUAUGGUUAAAUAAUCGUUAAAAAUUCUUAUACAUAUUGUAAAUUAAUUUAUUUGACAAAUUUUCUAAUUACUUGCUAUUUUUUUAGAUACAUUUAUUAUAGUUCACUACUAUUUCGAGACGA